CAUGUUGAGCAGGAGGCUGGGAGGCUGGGAGGCAGCAGCGGACCCUCCCUCUGACUCUCCGCCCUUGGAGGCGUUUCACAGCCCGGCAGAGAAAUGAGAGCACAUCUCGGCUGCGGCUGAACCUCUGCGCCUCGUCUUCUGUCCUAAAGCAGUCGAGUAGAGAAGGCGAAACAGAGGAGCUGUCACCAUGGGGGACGACAGUGAGUGGAUGAAGCUGCCCAUCGACCAGAAGUGCGAACACAAGGUGUGGAAGGCCAGACUGAACGGAUAUGAAGAAGCGCUGAAGCUUUUCCAGAGGAUCGUGGAUGAGAAGAGUCCUGAAUGGGGGAAAUACCUGGGACUGAUCAAAAAGUUUGUUACAGAGUCCAACGCCGUGGCUCAGCUGAAAGGCUUGGAAGCAGCCCUUGUCUUUAUUGAGAAUGCACAUGUGGCCGGCAAGACAACGGGGGAAGUGGUGUCAGGUGUAGUAAGUAAAGUUUUCAACCAGCCCAAAGCACGAGCCAAAGAGCUGGGAAUAGAUAUCUGCCUCAUGUACGUAGAGAUCGAGAAAGCAGAGAUUGUCCAGGAUGAGCUCAUCAAAGGUCUGGAUAACAAGAACCCUAAGAUUGUAGUGGCCUGCAUUGAAACGCUCAGAAAGGCUUUGAGUGAAUUUGGUUCCAAAAUCAUAACCCUGAAGCCAGUAGUCAAAGUGUUGCCAAAGCUGUUUGAGUCUCGAGAGAAGGCGGUGCGUGACGAGGCCAAAUUGCUAGCAGUAGAGAUCUAUAAAUGGAUUCGGGAUGCUUUGCGAACUCCACUGCAGAACAUCAACUCUGUACAGCUGAAAGAGUUGGAGGAGGAGUGGGUGAAGCUGCCCGCCGGUGUGCCAAAGCAGAGCCGCUUUCUGCGUUCUCAGCAGGACCUGAAGGCUAAGUUUGAGCAGCAGCAGGUGGCUGGUGGAGACGAGGCUGAUGGUGAUGACGAUGAUGGAGGUGAUGCACAAGUGGAUCCGUACGAGCUGCUGGAAGCUGUUGAGAUCCUUUCAAAACUCCCAAAAGAUUUCUAUGAAAAAAUUGAAGCAAAGAAAUGGCAGGACAGGAAGGAGGCCUUAGAGGUAGUGGAGGCCCUUACUAAAAACCCCAAGCUUGAGGGCGGAGACUAUGGGGACUUGGUCCGAGCUCUCAAGAAGGUUAUUGGAAAAGAUGCCAAUGUGAUGCUUGUGACUUUGGCGGCCAAAUGUCUAGCUGGACUGGCAGCAGGACUGCGCAAAAAGUUUGGAACAUAUGCAGGCCAUGUGGUGCCAACCAUUUUGGAGAAGUUCAAGGAGAAGAAACCUCAGGUGGUCCAGGCCUUACAGGAGGCAAUUGAUGCAGUCUUCCUAACUACGACUCUACAGAACAUCAGUGAGGAUGUGUUGGCGGUGAUGGACAACAAGAACCCAUCGAUCAAACAGCAGGCUUCACUGUUCCUGGCCCGAAGCUUUCGCCACUGCACUCCUGCCACUCUGCCAAAGAGUGUCCUGAAGCCGCUCUGCUCUGCUUUCCUCAAGCAAGUGAACGACUCUGCUCCAGAGGUGAGGGAUGCUGCGUUUGAGGCAUUGGGCAUAGCCAUGAAGGUGGUGGGAGAGAGAGCUGUUAACCCCUUCCUGGCUGAUCUGGACAAACUCAAACUGGACAAGAUAAAAGAAUGUGCCGAUAAAGUGGAGCUUGUUGGAGGGAAGAAGGGAGAAGGUGGUGGAGGUGGAGGAGGAGGAGGAGGAGGGCAGAAGAAGGAGAAACCUGCAGCUAAAGCUCCCCCUGUGGAAGAGCCUCCUGCUAAACCUGCCGGUCCUCCUAAAAAAGCUCCUGCACCCAAAGCCGCAGGUCCUCCCAAAAAAAGCAAACCUGCUGCUGCUGCCAGCGGCAAAUCAAAGAAAGCACCGGAAGCAAAAGAAGUUGCAGAGACUGAAUUAUCUCUGGAAGUGUGUGAGGAGAAGGCUGCAGCUGUGCUCCCGGCUUCCUGUAUGCAGCUGCUGGACAGCGCUAACUGGAAGGAGAGGCUAGCUAGCAUGGAGGAGUUUCAAAGGGCUGUUGAACAGAUGGACAGGACCGAAAUGCCGUGCCAGGCUCUAGUGAGAAUGCUGGCUAAGAAACCUGGCUGGAAAGAGACCAAUUUUCAGGUGAUGCAGAUGAAGCUGCACAUCGUCGGCCUCAUCGCUGGGAAAGGCUCCUUCUCGAAAACGUCGGCUCUCGUCGUGUUGGACGGCCUGGUAGACAAAAUCGGGGAUGUGAAGUGCGGCAGCAAUGCUAAAGAGGCUCUGACUGCCAUUGGAGAAGCCUGCUCGCUGCCAUGGACUGCUGAGCAGGUGGUCUCUUUGGCCUUCGCACAAAAGAACCCUAAAAAUCAGGCUGAGACACUGAACUGGCUGGCCAACGCCAUGAAAGAGUUCGGCUUUGCAGGGAUUAACGUGAAGGCUUUUAUCAACAACGUCAAAACUGCUUUGGGUGCCACCAACCCGGCUGUGAGGACGUCUGCUAUCACUCUGCUGGGUGUAAUGUACUUGUACAUGGGGGCUCCUCUGCGCAUGUUCUUCGAAGAUGAAAAGCCGGCCCUGCUUUCUCAAAUAGACGCUGAGUUUGAGAAGAUGCAGGGCCAGUCUCCUCCUGCUCCCACACGAGGCUUGACCAAGAAAGGAGCAGAGGAUGACCGGGAGGAGGCUGACGAGGAGGAAAUGGAAGGAGGUGCCGGAGACAUCAUGGACCUGCUGCCCAGAACUGAUAUCAGUGAUAAAAUCACAUCAGACAUGGUGGCGAAGAUUAGUGAUAAGAACUGGAAGAUCCGGAAGGAAGGGCUGGAUGAGGUGACAGCCGUCAUUUCAGAGGCCAAGUUCAUCCAAGCCAACAUCGGAGAACUGCCCAUGGCACUGAAGGGCCGUCUCGGCGACUCCAACAAGCUACUGGUUCAGCAAACCCUGACUAUCUUGCAGCAGAUUGCUACAGCUAUGGGUCCAGCUCUCAAACAACAUGUGAAGAACUUGGGAUUCCCCAUCAUCACUGUAUUGGGAGACAGCAAGCCCAACGUCCGUGCUGCUGCCAUGACAACACUCAACGCAUGGGUGGAGCAGACAGGCCUGAAGGAGUGGCUGGAAGGUGAAGACUUGUCAGAAGAGCUGAAACGGGAGAAUCCCUUUCUCAGACAGGAGGUUCUGGGCUGGCUGGCUGAACGGCUGCCCAGCAUGCGCUCCGUGCCCGCUGAUCUGAUGCUGUGCAUCCCUCACCUGUACAUCUGUCUGGAGGAUCGCAGUGGAGACGUGCGAAAGAAAGCCCAGGAUGCAUUACCCAUGUUUAUGAUGCAUCUGGGCUAUGAGAAGAUGAGCAAGGCCACUAACAAACUCAAGCCGGCCUCAAAGGACCAGGUGGUUGCCAUGUUGGAGAAAGCCAGGGCUGUAAUGCCCGCCAAACCUGCUGCACCCGCAAAAGCUGCUUCAUCUAAGGCGGCUCAGAGUGCUCCUCCUGCAAAACCUGCACCAGCACCGGCAAAAAGCCAGCCUGUAGUGGACGACUAUAGCCCACCAGAACCCAAACAGGACACCAAGAAACCCAAAACAGCAGGGCCUGCUCAGAAAAAGAGGAACAGCAUGGAGCUGAAACUGAAGGUAGAUAAAGACAGUGUCUCUAAACCUGUCAGACUCUCAGGGGACAAACCUAGCAACCCACAGGGAGUGCUGGGAAAGAAGGCUCCAGUCAAGGCCGCUAAUAAAGAUGAAGAAGACAAGUCAGGCCCUAUCUUUAUCCUUGUGCCGAAUGGCAAGGAGCAGAGGAUGAAGGAAGAGAAAGCACUAAAGAUCCUGAAGUGGAAUUUCAUCACUCCACGGGACGAGUAUGUGGAACAGCUGAAGACUCAAAUGGCCACUUGCCUGGCAAAGUGGCUUCAGGAUGAACUCUUUCACUACGACUUCCAGCGCCAUGUGAAGGCCAUCAGCGCCAUGAUUGAGCACAUGGAAGGCGAGUCAGAAGCCGUGAUUGGCUGCCUAGAUCUGAUCCUGAAGUGGUUCACACUGCGGUUCUUCGACACUAACACCAGCGUGCUGAUGAAGGCCAUGGAAUUUCUCAAACUCCUUUUCACCAUGCUGAGCAGAGAGAACUACCACCUGAGCGAGUACGAAGCCUCGUCCUUCAUCCCCUACCUCAUCCUCAAGGUCGGGGAAUCCAAAGACGUAGUGCGCAAAGACGUCCGUGCCAUUUUGACCAUGCUGUGUAAUGUGUAUUCUCCCAGCAAAAUGUUUCCUUUCCUCAUGGAGGGGACCAAGUCCAAGAAUGCCAAGCAGAGAUCAGAAUGUCUGGAAGAGCUCGGGUGCCUGAUCGAGAAUUAUGGCAUGAACGUGUGCCAGCCGUCGCCCGCCAAGGCUCUGAAAGACAUCGCUGUUCACAUCGGAGAUCGUGACACAUCAGUGCGCAAUGCAGCGCUAAAUACGGUGGUGGCAGCUUACAACGUCUGUGGGGACCAGGUCUUCAAACUGAUCGGCAACCUCUCGGAGAAGGACAUGAGCAUGCUGGAGGAGCGGAUCAAGCGCUCAGCUAAGAAGACGCCUGCCGUCUCGACCAAACAGGAGAAAGCGCAGAGGGAACAGCCCACCAAUCCUAAUGCCACCUUCCUACGCAAACCUGCCCAAGAGGAGGUGCCAAACAAACUCAAAAUAAUGUAUCGCACGUAUAGGAUUCAAGCUCGGUCACAGAAUGCCCACUCUGAGCACACAGCACCUUCCAUCCCCAAGGAGUUUCAGCUUGACCUGGACAUGAUCGAGAAUGACCACACGCAUGUCAGCGACUUCCCUGACCUCGUUCAGCACAAACUAGAUGAGCUCCUCGAGCCCGUCAUGAUCCCCGAACCCAAGAUUCGCUCUGUCUCUCCUCACUUUGACGAUCUCCACAACAGCACAGCCUCCACUAUCAACUUUGUCAUCUCUCAGGUUGCUAGUGGUGACAUUAACACCAGUAUCCAGGCGCUGGCACAGAUUGAUGAGGUGCUGCGGCAGGAAGACAAAGCGGAAGCCAUGUCGGGCCAUAUAGACCAGUUCCUGAUCGCCACCUUCAUGCAGCUCCGCCUCAUCUACAACACACACAUGGCUGACGACCGGCUGGACAAGAAGGACAUCUUCAAACUAUACAGCUGCAUCAUCGGCAACAUGCUCUCGUUGUUCUCUAUGGAGAGCUUGGCACGGGAGGCGUCUAUGGGUGUGCUGAAGGAUCUGAUGCACGGUCUGAUCACACUGAUGCUAGACUCGCGGGUGGAGGACAUCGAGGACGGCCAGCAGCUCAUCCGCUCGGUCAACCUGCUGGUGGUGCGAGUGCUGGAGAAGUCUGAUCAAACCAACAUACUAAGUGCUCUGCUGGUGCUACUGCAGGACAGCCUGAUCACAACUGCAGGAUCUCCCAUGUUCUCUGAGCUCGUCAUGAAGUGUCUGUGGAGAAUGAUCCGCUUCCUGCCCGAGACCAUUAACAGUAUUAACCUGGACCGCAUCCUGCUGGACGUUCAUAACUUCAUGAAGGUCUUUCCUAAAGAGAAGCUGAAGCAGCUGAAGAGUGACGUGCCACAUCGCACUCUGAAGACCUUACUGCACACACUCUGCAAGCUCACUGGGGCCAAGAUACUGGACCAUUUGUCCAUGAUCGAGAACCGGAAUGAGUCAGAACUGGAGGCUCAUCUGAGGCGGGUGGUGAAGCAUUCAGGAAAUCUCUCAGGCCUCAAGUCUGACCAGAACUCUGAGAAAGUGGCCUUACGAUCUGACGACAAAGUGAUCAAAGCAAAAGUGAGCGACAUCCUCUCAGAGAUCUUCAAAAAGAUUGGCUCAAAGGAGAACACUAAAGAGGGCUUGACAGAGCUGUAUGAGUAUAAGCAGAAGUAUUCAGACGCUGACUUGGAGCCCUUCCUGAAGAACACGUCUCAGUUUUUCCAGAGCUACGUCGAGCGCGGUCUCCGUAUGAUUGAGUCAGAGCGGGAGGGAAAAAGCCGCCUGCAAAGUUCUUCAGUGAUUCCACAGCACAGUGUGGACUCUGCGUACCCCUCCAACCACAGCUCCAUGUCAGUUAGCAGUAAUGGGGAGGAUGUGAAACCUGCUGUUUACUACGAGAGACUGAAGAUCCUCCGGCAACGCCAUGGACUUGAGAACUCUAAGCAGCAGCAGCAGCAGCAGCAGCAGCAGGAAGACGAGCGUCCGCUGUCCUCCCUGCUGUCCAGGCCUCCCCUGGCCUCCUCCACCGACAUGCUUCACAGUAAGCUGUCGCAGCUGAAGGAGUCGCGCGAGUCACAGCUGCAGCAAGAGCAGUCGCGCUCACACAGCCCGGGCCGAGCCUCCUCACCCGCCUCCAACCUCGAUGACCUUAAAAAGAGGCUCGAGCGCAUUAAGAGUAACCGCCAAUAGAGAGGAGCUCAUACACACACACACACACACACACAUACACACACAUACACACACAUUGCCCACUCCCCUUCCUGCAUCUAGUUAACUACAGCUAGCUAAACUGCUAACCUCAGCUAAGUCGCGCUAGUCUUUCUCACCACUGCUCUCAGCUCGGCCGUUUUUUCAGGUCUGGUUUAUGUAUAGAUUAACAUAUUGAAAAUAGGAAAGAAAAAAUAAAACCACAGGUUUGUCCCAUUGUAUAAUAUGAAGUAAACUGCAUUUUUGCUUGUUUAGUAUUGUGCACAUUUGUUUGAGUUUUUUUUUUGUAUAUACUGACGGUUGUUAACCACUCCAGGCUUUUCUGUGUCAUGUUUAGGAGUUACAGUAGAUGUGCAAAAGUGCUGUAAUAUGUGUUACCUGGAGAUUUCCAGACUUCCUCUCUCUCUCUCCUCUUUUUUAUUAUUUAAACAGACAUUUUAGGAAACACAAAAUUUCCUUCUCUCCAGGUCUCCACUGGGUUUCUCUGCCCAUCUAGUGUUUGCCAUUUUUGCUUUUUCUGCCACUGAAGCGCUUGAAGGAUUUAAUUUGUUCUUUAUGUAAUUUAAGGAGCAUGGCAUGAAGUACUUGAUGUUUUUUGUAAAUAGUUUGCAUUACUAAGCCCCGUUUAAUUAAUAAUUAAUGACAUUUCGGUUAAUAAUAUUCCAACAUCUUGCACUUGAGAGCAGAAUGUUGGCAGUUCUGAUGCAUCGUUUUUGUAUUUCAUUCAAGUAGUGUUGUUGCUAUUGAGUUUAAGUGUAUAAUCUAUAGUGAAAAUGGCAAUAAAGAUUUUUUUUAUAUAA